AUGGAUUACCUGGCAACUCAGGAUGACGAGUCAGCGAGAGCUCAGGCUCAACUACUGCAGUUACUUGUAAACAACUUUCUUAAUGGAAUAGUUGAGGAAGAAGAUGCAAGGAAACUAGCAGGUAACCAAAUUGUAUCACGCAUUCUUGAUGAUGCUUUACAAUGUGGUGAAGCGCUGCAGGUUCUGUCAUUUACCAAAAUUUUCAGUGAAGACAUACGAAUGACAUGCCUAGAUCCCUAUGCAUCACACGUAUUACAGACCUUGAUGGCGUUGUCUCUGAAGUUUACACAGAAGCAGAAAGAGAAGAAGAAUGCAGAGGUAGGUGAAGUAGGAAGUGAAGGAGAAAAGCAGCCUAUUACAAAAGAACAAAGAAAAGAAUUUGCGGCUUUCUUAAAUAAGGUUGGACGACUUGUUUACAAUAACUUAGAUGAGUUCAUUCGAGACACAUAUGGAAGUCACGUGUUGCGCUCCAUAUUGGAGACUUGUUCUGGAGUACAAGUGAAGGAUUCCAUUAAAAGUAGCAGAAAGUCACAGACUAAACAUUCUCUUUGCCAAAAUGUGGGACAGAUUCUCAGAGUUCCUGCUGAAUUGCAAAGUUUACUUCUUGAUAUCGCAAAUCGCUUGAUGAAGCUUCCAGAUUUACCAGGUAUUAUUACAAAUGAAUGUGGAUCUGCGGCUUUUCAGUCUGCCCUUCUUGUACUGAAAGGGAUAGAAAGUGAGCAGUGUGCUACUUUGAUGGAUCACAUUUUGUUACAUGGCUUAGCAAAUAUUUCACCCUCAUAUUGUGAUAGUUAUGAUGAAUUACUCAACAUUCCUCAUGUGUUUCAAAGCAAUCCAGCAGUACGUUUACUUGAAGUAAUUAUGUCUUGUGCAACGGCUGAUCAGCUGCAUAAUUUGUAUACACAGUAUUUCAAGGGACACAUAUCAGACUUGGUUAAGCACCCCAUAGGUAACUUUGCUGUGCAGAAGCUCCUGUUAACAUGGCAAGAAAAAGAAAAGGUUAGUUUUUCCUUUGAUUUUAAAAUAGAAAUAAAAAAACCUAUAAUAAAUGUAUUUCCUUGGUACUGA